AUGAACAGAUCGGGCCCAGAGAAGUUCUUCGUAGGUGACGGCCCAGUGGACCCGGUGCCCCCCAGCCAAGCUCAGCGCUGCCCGUCUGCAGCUGAAUCCACAGAGCAGCUGGAGGAAGAGGAGAAUGAAGAAGAGAAAGGGAGGGAGGGAAAACAGGACGACAGCGACGGCUUCCACGCGUCACCCCUUAGAAGGUCUGGGGCUUUCAGAGCCCAUAGCCACACCACCGACACCUUCAAAAGACACAGCUGGGGGCCUGGCAAGGAGUUUCAGGACCCAAUAAGCAGGAGGAGACUGCAGUCAUCGGGAUGCCCAAGCUCCCAGGAAGCCCCGUCUCUACAGAGCCUCGAGGAACUGGACACCCUUCUGGGAGCGCAGCAACAGCAGGAGCAGCAGGAGCAGCAGGAGCAGCAGGAGCAGCAGGAGCAGCAGCAACAGCAGCAGCAGGGUGGCCAACUCUUUCACCGGGGUCAGAGUGCCUGCCAUCUGUUUGCUGCCUCGUUGGCUCACUCGGCCACUGGCAUGCUGUCCAAGGCUGUGUCCAUGAGUGGCAUCAAUUUCCUCUUGGAAAGCUCAGAUCUAAAAGCAGGCAACUCACUGCCGUCCUCUACCACCAACCUCAGCAAAUGCGGUAGCCAGCUGGAAGGGGAGUCAGGGACCGGGGCAGGCUCCUCCUUGCGACGGACCUUCAGCUUCUUCUUGGGCAUGACCGGCAAGGCCAAGACCCGGGAAAAGGAGAAGAUGAAGGAAGCCAAGGAUGCUCGCUAUACCAACGGCCACCUCUUUACCACCAUCUCAGUCUCAGGCAUGACUAUGUGCUAUGCCUGCAACAAGAGCAUCACAGCCAAGGAAGCCCUCAUCUGCCCAACCUGCAAUGUGACUAUCCACAACCGCUGUAAAGACACCCUGGCCAACUGUACCAAGGUCAAGCAGAAGCAACAGAAAGCUGCACUGCUGAAGAACAACACUGCCUUGCAAUCUGUUUCUCUUCGAAGUAAGACCACCACCAGAGAGCGGCCAACCUCUGCCAUCUACCCCUCUGAUAGCUUCCGGCAGUCCCUCCUAGGUUCUCGUCGGGGCCGCUCCUCCUUGUCUUUGGCCAAGAGUGUUUCCACCACCAACAUUGCUGGACAUUUCAAUGAUGAGUCUCCUCUGGGGCUGCGUCGGAUCCUCUCCCAGUCCACAGACUCCCUCAACAUGCGGAAUCGAACCCUGUCUGUGGAAUCCCUUAUUGAUGAAGGUGCAGAAGUGUUCUACAGUGAGCUGAUGAGUGACUUUGAGAUGGACGAGAAGGACUUUGCUGCAGACUCGUGGAGCCUUGCCGUGGACAGCAGCUUCCUGCAGCAGCAUAAAAAGGAGGUGAUGAAACAGCAAGAUGUCAUCUAUGAGCUAAUCCAGACAGAGCUGCACCACGUGAGGACCCUGAAGAUCAUGACCCGCCUCUUUCGCACUGGGAUGCUGGAAGAGUUGCAGCUGGAGCCAGGAGUAGUCCAGGGCCUGUUUCCCUGCGUGGAUGAGCUUAGUGACAUCCAUACACGCUUCCUCAGCCAGCUGUUAGAACGCCGGCGCCAGGCCCUAUGUCCAGGCAGCACCCGGAACUUUGUCAUCCAUCGUUUGGGUGACCUGCUCAUCAGCCAGUUCUCAGGUUCCAAUGCGGAGCUGAUGCGCAAGACCUACUCAGAGUUCUGCAGCCGUCACACCAAGGCCUUAAAGCUUUAUAAGGAGUUGUACGCGCGAGACAAACGUUUCCAGCAGUUCAUCCGAAAAGUGACCCGCUCAGCUGUGUUGAAGCGUCAUGGGGUUCAGGAGUGCAUUCUACUGGUAACUCAGCGGAUCACCAAAUAUCCAGUGCUCAUCAACCGAAUCCUACAGCAUUCCCACGGGAUUGAAGAAGAGUGCCAAGAUCUGACAACAGCCCUAGGACUGGUGAAGGAGCUGCUGUCCAAUGUGGACCAGGAUGUGCACGAGCUUGAGAAAGGGGCCCGCCUGCAGGAGAUCUACAACCGAAUGGACCCUCGGGCCCAGACCCCCGUGCCUGGCAAAGGCCCCUUCGGCCGAGAGGAGCUUUUAAGGAGAAAACUUAUCCAUGAUGGCUGUCUGCUCUGGAAGACAGCCGCAGGACGCUUCAAAGAUGUGCUGCUCCUGCUAAUGACAGAUGUGCUAGUGUUUCUCCAGGAAAAAGACCAAAAGUACAUCUUUCCUGCCCUGGACAAGCCUUCGGUGGUGUCCUUGCAGAAUCUGAUUGUACGAGACAUCGCCAACCAGGCCAAAGGGAUGUUUCUGAUCAGUGCCGGCCCGCCCGAGAUGUACGAGGUGCACACAGCGUCCCGGGAUGACCGCAGCACCUGGAUCCGCGUCAUUCAGCAGAGCGUGCGCGUAGGAGGUUCCUGUGGACCAUGUGCAAAGGAAGGAAAGCUGAUUGCUGGUGUUUUUUCCACAAAUCCAACAUGCCUGUUGCCCAGCAGAUGCCCAUCCAGGGAGGACUUCCCUCUGAUUGAGACGGAGUUUGAGGCCUACCUCCGGAAGAUCAAGAUGGAACUGCAGCAGAAGGACCGAGCGCUGGUAGAGCUGCUCCAGGAGAAGGUCGGGCUGUUUGCCGAGAUGACCCAGUUCCAGGCAGACGAAGAUGGUGUCGGGGGGAUGCCCCUGCCCACCGUGCCCAGGGGCCUCUUCCGCUCUGAGUCUCUGGAGUCCCCUCGGGGCGAGCGGCUGCUGAGAGAUGCCAUCCGUGAAGUGGAAGGCCUGAAAGACCUGCUGGUGGGGCCUGGUGUGGACCUACUUUUGACUCCCCGAGAACCAGCCUUGCCCUUGGAAUCUGACAGUGGCAACACCAGUCCUGGGAUCACUGCCAAUGGAGAGGCCAGAACCUUCAAUGGCUCCAUUGAGCUCUGUAGAGCAGACUCAGAUUCCAGCCAGAAGGAUCGGAAUGGAAAUCAGUUGCGGUCACCCCAGGAGGAGGCCUUACAGCGAUUGGUCAAUCUUUAUGGACUUCUACAUGGCCUGCAGGCUGCUGUAGCCCAGCAGGACACUCUGAUGGAAGCCCGUAACCUUGAGGGCCCUGAACGGUGGGAAAAGCUCUCCCGAGCCAACUCUCGGGAUGGUGAAGCCGGCCGGGCUGCGGUUGCCCCCGCGGCUCCCGAGAAGCAGGCUACAGAGCUGGCCCUGCUGCAGCGGCAACACACCCUGCUUCAGGAGGAGCUGCGCCGCUGUCGGCGGCUCGGCGAAGAGCGGGCGACUGAAGCCGGCAGCCUGGAGGCCCGGCUCCGGGAGAGCGAACAAGCCCGGGCCCUGCUGGAGCGGGAGGCUGAAGAGGCCCGAAGACAGUUGGCUGCCUUGGGCCAAAACGAGCCACUCCCAGCAGAAGCCCCCUGGGCUCGCAGGCCUCUGGACCCUCGACGCCGCAGCCUUCCAGCAGGCGAUGCUCUGUACUUGAGCUUCAAUCCUCCUCAGACCAGUCGAGGCCAUGACCGUCUGGAUUUGCCUGUGACUGUUCGUUCCCUCCCCCGACCCUUUGAUGACCGGGAGAGGCAGGAGCUUGGAAGCCCUGAGGAGAGGCUGCAGGACAGCAGUGACCCUGACACUGGCAGUGAAGAGGAAGGCAGUAGCCGCUUGUCUCCACCGCACAGCCCACGAGAAUUCACGAGAAUGCAGGACAUCCCAGAGGAGACAGAAAGCCGAGACGGCGAGCCUACAGCCUCAGAGAGCUAAGGGGACACUUCCGCCCUGCCUGAUGCCCCACUGAAGAACAUUAGUUAACGGGGCAAGCCUUGGGGACUCCGUUCUGCCAAUAAUGAGGGAAUAGUUGAAAGAACUCCUGAUUGUCCUUGCCAGCUCCUGGGAUCCGUGGAUACCUGGGGCCCAUGUAGGAACUGGGGGAUUUAGAGGCCACAGUACCCUUGGUGGCAUCCAAGAGCUACACCACAGAUGCCAGUUUUUCAUGCCUUCUUCCCUCUACUUAGCAAAAAUUAUUUAUUUAUUGUUUAUUGGUUAUGGGGGAGAGUGAUUUAAAGGACCAGGGACAUGGGAACCAAGCCAUAGGGAUUGCAGGGCCUCUCCUUUAACACCGCCGGGAGAUGCUUAGGCCUAACUCCUGCCCUAGUGACACCCAUUUGUGGCCACAGAGCCUACUGCCCCUUUAAGGAGGGCUGUGGGUAGGACCGUGUCCCUUUCCCCACUCCCCGUAGCCUCCUCCUGCUGGUCUUCCUUCUCUUCAUCCUCCAUGGAAAUCUGCCUCCUUGGAGUUGAUGGAGUAGAGGCUAGGGUAGCCAUAAUGUAUUGGGGUGGGGGAGGAAAAAUCCACAGGGACCAGAAUAUUUUUUUUGUUCGUUUUCUUUUUUUGUACCAAAGCCAACUGCACGUGUUUUAUAUUUUUAAAAGAAGAUUGUAGGCACUUCUAGCUCCAUGUCUUUGAACUUGAGGAAUUGGGGAGACUGACUUUCAUCUACAGUCAGGGGGCUCCUAUUCGGAAUUCUUCCUCAGCCAUUUGAAAGAAGCUCUAAGGUGGGUUGGGAAACCGCUAGAACUUUCCCCUCACCUCCCACCAUGGCAACUACAGUUGAAAUGUAAGCAAGAAUUGAGGGGUGGGGGGGAUUUCUUCAAUGCAACCCUAAUGCCCACCAGCGAUAGCCAUUUGCCUGCCAAUUUAAUUGUUAAAAACAAAACACGACAGAAACAAAGGAAGACAAAGGAAAAGAAGAAAAAGCUCAAGCAGGGAAAAAUUAAAAACCUAAACCACG